AUGCGCCGGCUGCUGCGGCUGCUGCCGCUGCUGUGGCUGCCGCUGCCCGCCGCGCUCGCCCUGCCCGCCGCGCCCCCGAGCCGCGCUGGCCCCGGCGCGGCCCUGGCGGCCCUGCAGGCGCUGCUGGCGUCGGGCGAGGGACGGUUGUCCCGCGGGGAGCUGGGGGCCCUCGUGGCGCGCGCGGGCGGCCGUGCGCAGUGCCCGCGCGAGCCGUGCGGAGAGUGUCCCUCGGUGCCAGCGCUGCUGGCCCUGGCCGGGAAGGCCCCGGGUGGCCCCGCGGGGCUCGAGGCCACCGAGCUGUCCUGGCUGGGGGCGGCCGUGGUGGCCACGCUCAGGGACCCCCCGGCCACCUGCGGGGACACCGAGGGCGACACCGAGGCCACCGCAGGCUCCUGGGCCAGCCGUGUCCGUGCCCUGCACCGGCAGUUCGCCGCCGAUGUCGCCGCCGAUGUCACCGCUAAUGUCACUGUCGCUGUCGCCGGCCGCGGUGGCCCCGGGCUGCGCGAGGUGGCCGAGCUGCUGGCGGCCAUCGAGCCCAACUACCGCGGUGACAACGGCCACCAGGCCUGCGUGGACGCUCGGGGGGUGCUGGCGGCCACCACCAGGAUGUCCCCAAGGGUGGGGACCGGCCGGGUGCUGGUGGCACUCGGGGUCCUGGUGCUGCGCGGCCACCGCCUCUGCCCUGGGGACAUCGGGGACAGCGGGGACACGGCCAGCCCCUGGUGUGGGGACACCGACAGCCACUGUGGGGACAUGGGCAGUCACCGUGGGGACACCAGCACCUGGCACUAUGGGGACACCGGUGACACUGACGCGCCCCACGGGGACGUGGACGCCUGGCACGGUGACAUCGACCCCAGGGACGCCACCCGUGGGGACACUGACACCAGCCAUGGGGACACUGAGUGCCACCACGGCCCCACAGCCCCCAGCUCUGGGGACAGCAGUGACAAUGUCACUGUCCCCAUGGCCACCAAUAGCACCGAGACUGAGGAGCAGCUCGGUGUCACCGAGAGGUACCUGCUGGGGACACUGACGGCGCUGGCGCUGGCGCUGGUGCCGCUGGUGGCGCUGGCCCUGGUGCUGUGUCCCCGCUGUCCCCUGUGCUCCCGCUGUCCCCACGGUGCCGGAUGUCGCCGGUGUCGCCUGUGUCGCCUGUGUCCCCCGCGCUGGUGGCGCCCCCUGCUGGACGGGCUGGCGGCCGGGGCGCUCAGCGGGGACGCGCUGCUGCACGUGCUGCCCGAGGCUCUGGGGGUGCACAGCCACGCCGGGGGGGGACACUCGGAGCACGGCGGGGACACGCACAGCCCCCCCUGGGAGCUGCUGGCCGUGCUCGGGGGGCUCUACGGGGGCUUCGUCCUGGAGCGGCUGCUGGGGGGGCUGGGAGCGCCCCCCGAGGAGGUGAAGGAUGGAGACCCCGCCCCUGACCCCGCCCAGAGCACACAGGAACUGACCAAUCAAGGCUCCGGCCGCGCGCAGGCGCUGUUGCUGUCGGCAGGGGGCGCCGUUCACCGCCUGGCGGACGGGCUCGCGCUCGGCUCCGCCUUCGCCGCUUCCGGCAGCGCCGGCGCCGCCGCGGGGGCGGGGCUGGCGCUGCACGAGGUGCCCCGCGCGCUCAGUGACGCGCUGGUGCUGUCGCACUCGGGGCUGGGCACACGGCGCACGGUGGCCCUGGCGGCGGCCGCGGCGCUGCCGGUGCUGCCGGGGGUGCUGGCCGGGCUGGCCCUCGGGGCCGCCCCCGCCGCCCGCACCUGGCUCGCGGCCCUGGGCGGGGGCUUCCUGCUGCACCUGGCGCUGUGCCACAUGGUGCCGGCCAUGCUGUCCAUGCGCUCGGGCAGCCCCUGGGCGCUGCUGGCGCUGCAGAGCGCGGGGCUGCUCGGGGGGUGGCUGGGCGCUGCUGCUGCUGGCCCUGAACGAGCAGGGGGACGAGCACUGACCCACCUGGGAUCCGCACCUGGGCACACCUGGACACACCUGGACACCCCCGGAACACACCUGGAUGGACCUGGAACACACCUGGAGACACCUGGAACACACCUGGACACACCUGGAUGGACCUGGAACACACCUGGAUGGACCUGGAACACACCUGGACACCCCCGGAACACACCUGGAUGGACCUGGAACACACCUGGAGACACCUGGAACACACCUGGACACACCUGGAUGGACCUGGAACACACCUGGACACACCUGGAACACACCUGGAUGGACCUGGGACACACCUGGAGACACCUGGAACACACCUGGACGGACCUGGGACACACCUGA